AUGUCCGAGCACAAGGUAUCCGUGAUUCGAGGCGACGGUGUCGGCGUCGAGGUUAUUGAAGAGGGCAUAAAGGUGCUGACCGCAGUCGGCGAGCAGUACGACGUAACUUGGAACUUCAUUGAGCAUCCGUGGAACUCAGAUUACUACUUCGAGCAUGGCAGGAUGAUGCCAACCGAUGCGCUGGAUCAAAUGGCGGAAUCGGAUGUUAUAUACUUGGGAGCCGUGGGUCAUCCCGACCUGCAAGACCACGUAACAUUGAACGGACUGCUGCUGCCCAUACGACGUACUUUCGAUCAGUAUGUAUGCGAGCGUCCCAGUGUGCUAUAUCCCGGUAUUACUUCACCUCUUCGUGACCCGAAGCCAUAUGACAUUGACAUGCUUGUAAUCCGCGAGAAUACCGAGGGGGAAUAUGCCGAGGUGGGGGGGUUCCAAUACGCCGGCUUCGAAGAGGAAAUAGGCAUUCAAUCGGGUGUUUUCACCCGGCGCGGAUGUGAGCGCAUCAUAACCUAUGCGUUCGAGCAGGCUCGGCGACACGACAGGCGCAAACAUGUAACCUCAAUCACCAAGUCAAACGCAUUGGGCUACGGGAUGCUCGUAUGGGACAGGGCAUUCGAUAGGGUAGCCGAAGGAUACCCCGAUAUAGAGACCAAUUCUUUGCUAAUUGAUGCAGCUUGUAUGGACUUCGUGCGCCGCCCUGAGAGUUUCGAUGUGGUCGUUGGCAGCAAUCUCUUUGGCGACAUACUAACCGACAUUGGCGCCAUAAUUACAGGCAGCAUGGGGCUGGCUCCAAGUGGCAACAUAGACCCGGAACGCCGCUUCCCUUCUAUGUUCGAGCCGGUUCACGGGAGCGCACCUGACAUAAUGGGAAAGGGUAUAGCGAAUCCUAUGGCUGCAGUCUUAUCCGCUUCGAUGAUGCUGCGCCACUUGGGACACGAUGAUGCCGCGGAUGUGGUGGACAAGGCAGUGAUUUUUCUAAUUGGGCAAGGUGAGAUUCUGACGCCAGAUCUCGGUGGCACAUCGUCCACUUCUCAGGUGGGCGACGCAAUAAUAAACGCGCUCGGCAAAGGCUAA